CAGCAGCAGCGGUGGCUGAGUGAGUUGAGGACGGCGUGAGCUUCUUGCACAGCUCGGCGUUAUUUUUAGCACCUGGUUCGUGUUGCAGCGCCGGGAGAGAGAGAGAGAGAGGGACUCUUUCUUUCUCCAUCUCUGUGUCACAGCUUGAGGACUAUACGCAACGCACCGAGGUAGAAAGCGAGGAGGAGGAGGAUAACGGAUUGACAGAGCGGGGAGGGGAGCACCACUAACACCACCACCAUACAUCUGAGUGGAGCUUUUAUCACAUAUCACCCGUAUCAUCACCGUCCCACAGACUCCUCCGGUCAUCGUUAAGCGGCCUGCCCGGAGAUGGCCAGCCAGGCAGCUGGUCGAGAUACCCUGAACGCCUCACGGGACGAGCCGGAGUCGUCGGAGCCUCAGCCGAGCCAUCCCGAACCAGCCUGUCAGGAGGCACAGAAAUGGAUAGAGGCUGUAACGGGGAAGAGCUUUGGAGAAAAGGACUUCCGCAGUGCGCUGGAGAACGGCAUCCUGUUAUGCGAACUGCUGAGUGCAAUCAAACCAGGCCUGGUCAAGAAGAUCAACAGACUGCCCACCCCCAUCGCCGGGCUGGACAACCUGUCAGUCUUCCUGCGGGGCUGUGAGGAGUUGGGCCUGAGGGGCUCACAGCUGUUUGACCCCGGAGACCUGCAAGACACUUCCAUACGAGCCAACCUCAAGGACUCCGACUGCAACCGCAAGCUUAAAAAUGUGCUGAACACAGUGUUCUGGUUGGGGAAGGCUGCCAGCGGCUGUGCCUCCUACAGCGGCCCGAAUCUCAACCUCAAGGAGUUUGAAGGGCUGCUUGCACAAAUGAAGGUGGAAACUGAGGAAGUUGUAGAAAUCUCACAGAAACGCAAUGUGAGAGACAGCGGCUAUGACUGCUGGGAUUCAGAGAGGAGUGAGUCCCUCUCACCACCACGACACACCCGAGACAACUCCCUAGACAGUCUGGAUUCCUUUGGCUCCCGCUCACAGCACAGUCCCUCUCCUGAUGUCGUGAAUCGAGGAAACAAUGACGGGCGAGGCAGCGACUCAGAGGCAGAUGCCCCCAGCAGAAAGCCAGAUGUGCGAAAGGAUGACAUGUUGGCCAGACGGACCUCCAGCAGUGAAGCGAGAAGUUCAAUUCCCUUUAACCAGUUUCUUCCCAACCGAACCAACGCAAGCUCCUACAUCCCGACUCCGCGCCGAAAAUCACACAUGGAGGAAGGAGAGCAGAGGAGUCACCCUAAGGCUGCCCCAGAGCAGGGUGAGGGUAAAAGACAACUAUUCAGAACCCCAAAAACUGUCACAUGGGCACCAGCACCUGAGAACAAUGGGGAAAAACAAAAAAGUGAAGAGGAGAAGGUGGCUCAGGACAUCUUGGAGCAGAAGAGGCUGCAGAAGUUGGAGAAAGCAGGGAUUAAACUUCUGCCUGCUGCCGUUCGCUACAGCAGCCCUCCAACAAUGGAGGAACAGACAGUGAGAUCACCUUCCCCGAACAUCAUCCUUCGCCGCGAUAAUGACUUUUUGAGCUCCCAGAAAUCUGCAUGGGAUUCCUCGUCUGACGGGGAGGAUCAGGCAGAGGUGCAGAAAGUUCCAGAUGUUCGCAGAGAUGACCUGGCGUCUAGACGAGCUCCCCGCGGCCCCAUCGCUCCCAACGUGCAUCAGUUUGUCCCUUCACCUGUAUGCAGCAACAAAGACAAAGAGCGUUGGGAGGGAAUUAGACGAGCCUCACAGCAAACACUGCAGGAGAAGGAUAUCAGUGAAAAGGAAGCAGUCCCUGACAUCAUUACACGCAGAGACAACCCCUUCCUAAAGUCCACCCCUCGCCAUGGGGAGGAAGAGGAGGAUGAGGAGAAGGAAGAGGGAGAAGAGGGAAGGGUUAAGGCAAUGCCUAAUAAGCAGAAGGAUGACCUGGCUCUUAGGCGUGCUCAGAGUAGGCCACUCCCUCACAGGGAUGGACCAAUGAACUUUGCCCCUGCCUCCAUGAGCCAGGCAGAUAUGCAGAAGUGGGAGAGACUCAAGCUGACUGAACCCAGGAGUGUGAGUAUGAGUGACAUGCUUAAUGAGGACGAGGUGGGGCAUUUGCCGACACUGAGCCAGUCACGUUAUGAGCGCAUGCAGGAACAGUACAGCAACUUCCAGGAUGACGACGACCAGUGGCAAAGUGAACUGGUUCGCUGGAAGAAUCGCCGCCGCAGUGCAUCACAAGAGCUGAUCAAGAAGGAGGAAGAGAGGAAGAGGAUUGAGAAGAGGAUGAAGGAGGAGGGAAGUGACUGCAACAAGAGGAAAAGCAUUAAGACCUACAAAGAGAUCGUGGAGGAAAAAGAGCGCAGGGAGGUAGAGUUGCGAGAAGCCUACAAGAAUGCAGCAACUCCAGAGGAGGCAGCCAUGAUUUUACAGCGUUAUGCUCUCCGCUUCACCAUCAGCGACGCAACACUGGACAGUCUAAAACUCCCCAGAUCCACUUCAAAACCCAAACCGGACCCAGACCAGGUGGACAAAGAGCACAAACCUGUUCAUGACUCUGAACCUGCUCAUGACUCUGAGACAUUGGACCCUCUGCAUGAACCAGAAUCAACUGUUACAAUGGACCAGAAGCACACAAAACCUGAAGACAUGCAGAUAGAUAUAACUGUUCAACAAGAGACUUCGGAUGCUGUCUCUUCCAGCCCCUCAGCACCUAAAAGCCCCCUCCCCUCUGUCACACACUUAGAAAACAUGCCCCCUCAUUCCCAAGACCUUCAUGAAUCUGAAACCCAACCGACUGAGUCUCCAAGCACACACAAACAACCGAUUAAAGAAGACGCACAGCCUGAAACCAAACAGACUCCACCUCAGACUGAAGUGCAGUCUCACACCCCAACACCUGUACACCCACUCCCCUCCUUUCCAUCUGUGUCCGCCAGACCUGUUCCUCUCUUGGCGGCCAAACCUUACUGCCAGCCCCGGAACUCGCAAUCUGGACACAAACCUGUCAAGAUGGACGGGUUGGUGCGAGUGAACGGAGAGGCUACAGAGGACUCAUCGGUCACCAUUCCACCUGCCUCCCUUCUGCACUCACCAGAGGAGAACAAAGAUGUCCCCUCCAAACAGACUGAAGCAGAGGUCCCCUCCAAACAGACUGAAACAGAGGUCCCCUCCAAACAGACUGAAACAGAGGUCCCCUCCAAACAGACUGAAAUAGAGGUCCCCUCCAAACAGACUGAAGCAGAGGUCCCCUCCAAACAGACUGAAACAGAAGUCCCCUCCAAACAGACUGAAGCAGAGGUCACCUCCAAGCAGACUGAAGCAGAGGUCCCCUCCAAACAGACUGAAUCAGAGGUCCCCUCCAAACAGACUGAAACAGAGGUCCCCUCCAAACAGAUGGAAACAGAGGACCCCUCCAAACAGACUGCAUCCACUCAAGAGAUGGCAGCGCAGUUACCCCCUCGUCAGAUGGAGAAACCCCCCUCGUCCUCAGGCUCCACCAUCAGCUCUCUGCUCGGUGGCAGAAACUGUGUCAUCAAGACGACUAUUGUGACAGAACUCACGCAGACUCAUGUGGAAUCGCUUCCCCUGGAAGUCCAAAGCAAUGGACAGAUGAAUGGCACCAUGGGAUCAGUCGGAAAACCAGCAGAGGAAAAAAAGGCUCAACCAGUUGUUUCACCCUGCAGCAUGCAAGAAUACUCCCCCACUGUCACAGAGGGACUCGAGGAGAGCAAUGUCACUAUUGAGACCCCCAUGUUGAACUUGGCUAAACGUGUUAAUCACUGGGUCUGGGACCCCAAUGAAGAGCGUACACGCCUGGAAAGGUGGCAGCAGGAGCAGGAGCGCCUCCUACAGGAGCAAUACCAGAAAGAGCAGGAGAAGCUGAAGAAGGAGUGGGAGAAAGCACAACUGGAGGUGGAGGAAGAGGAGAGAAAACACAAUGAAGAGGAGAGAAAGAUCCUCGAGGAGACUGUAACGCCCCUCAAUCCCUCCGGCCUGUUCAACCAGCAGUCAGGCCAGGCAGGGAAGACUUCAUCAGCUCCAGAAAACAAUGAGACACAGAGCAGACUCGUUCCCCUGCAGCAAAAUGGCCAAAAGAUCUCCACAGGGAACGAGGAUCAGCACGCUUCCAAGCUGCAUUUCUUCCAGGAUUCUCCUUGUGAUGGUGAGCCUUCAAAGAAACAGGAACUGUGGAAGACGUCCUCUCUGGACCGAAACCCUCAGCUGAACCAGGCAAAUGCUGUUAAAAGGUCUGGUUCCCAUGACGUCGUCUCCGACAAAAAGCAGCCCUCCUCAUCAUCACCUCAACCUCCUUCACCCAGCAGAUGUGUCAGUGGAAAGAGAUUAUGUACAGGUUGUUCUCAACCUCUGGGAAAAGGAGCUGCCAUGAUCAUUGACACACUGGGACUGUUUUUCCACAUGCAGUGUUUCAAGUGUGGAGUGUGUGAGGGGCAGCUGGGUGAUGCCACAGCAGGGACAGACGUCAGGAUUCGUAAUGGACUGCUGAGUUGUCAUGACUGCUAUAUUGCAUCUCGAGGCAGGGGACAGCCCACCACUCUAUGAUGACCUGUAUUCCGGAACCCUGACCAUCACUGGCAGUGAUUGGACAGAAAACAUUCUAGAACCCUGAGUGACACAUCCUGGACAGUCUGGAAAAUUCCGGAACCCUCACCCUCGGAAUCUCCUCAGAACUCUGGAAUCAUUGUUCAGUUUUACGGAUACUGAAUACAAAACUGGACUAUUGGCUUAAUAUCACACGCACAUUAAGUACAGUACAUGCUUCUUUAAGUCCCAGUGAAAUUAAAUAUUUGAGAGAUUUGAAAUCAAACCUUUCGCAUUUCUAUUGGACCAGUAAAAAGUGGGCAGGUCUUACCAAGUUAAGUGCAAUAUGGAGCUGUAAAGAGAAGACCUUUGGCUCCGUACACACCUCCCUCACCUGGGAAGAGAUGAAUGAAUUAGAUUUUAGUUUUUGCCCGCUGAUAUCCAAACACACAUCUCUUCCUAUCUUUCUCCAUAUUGCUCUGUUAUCUAUUGGACCCACAAAUGGUGAAGUGUGGUUUUAUAUAACCAGCAUGGCUACCUACUCACCCAGAAUCACAUUUGAUUGGAUGAACUUUGGCAAAGACCCCUGAGUGCUGCAUGAGUCAUCAAACAUUUGAAACCGUUUUACAGGAAGAGAGACAGUGAUUGCACAAUUAACAGAAAGACUAAGGGGGAAAUCUAUUUUUCAUUUCACUGGGACUUGAAUUGUACACAUGUAUACCCUUUUUUAAAAAUAUGUGUAGCAUGUAUUUAAGAAAUCAGUGUGUUUAUGACUUUGCACAUCCAUACUCAGCACAAAGUUUAGAAUAAUAAUAAUCUGUUCUACUGCAGUACAAGCUAAGUAUUUUAUGCUACACAAGCUAAACACUACUGUCUGUUACACAUCAGUCCC